AAGUCGCCUAUCCUUGAUUUGGGGACAAAAAGGUUGAGCCAUGGGUGUGGUACCUCCCACAAACCCUUGGUUCGUAGCUUCAACUCCGCCUUGUGGACCCGGUCAAGGAAAUCCAAGUAGGGAAGGACGAUGAAUUCACCUACUUAACACAUGACACAACCAAAAUUAAGAAGAACAAGUGAAGAUGUCUGCAUUUCAAUGGCCUCCGUAUCCACCUUGCGAGGGCGGCGUCUGUGUCUCCUCGGAAUGCUGCGGUUUGGGUCGUUACAAAUACGAGUGGCCAGAAUUGUCAGGAAAGAAAGGGCACGAAGCUAUGUCAAUAAUAAAGAAGGACAACCCAUGGGUGACUGUUCGACUCGUGCCUCCAGGCCAUGGCAUGCUAUUUGAUUUCUGUUGCAACCGUGUUUAUGUUAUAACUGACGAAAAUGAUAUUAUUCUUCAACCUCCUCGUGUGUCGUCGCCCGUCUCUAGCCCGUCUAGCUCAUCGGCAUCCUGCUACCCAUUUCCGGAUGUUAACAAAUGCAGCAUUACCUACGACCACAAGGUAAUCAUCAUCGGUGGGCAAAGGAGAAUCUUCAUCUCUGGCUCCAUUAACUACCCCAGAAGCACCCCUGCAAUGUGGGAAGACCUAAUAAAGAAGGCUAAAGAUGGAGGCUUGGACGUUAUAGACACCAAUGAUUUUUGGAAUGGUCACGAACCUUCUCCUGGCAAUGUACUCUUUCAGAUAUCUACUGAAACUUACUUGUUUUCGGUUCUUGCACUUUUCAUGUUAUUAUACAUUUCAAAAAUCAUCUUGUAUGAUUUUCAGUUUAUUUAGGAUUUUUCUUUCCUUCUUGGGUUUUAGUAUAAUUUUGAGGGGAGAUAACCUAGUACGGUUCAUUAAGACAGUGCAGAAAGUAGGAUUGUAUGCUUAUCUCAGGAUUGGACCUUUGUGCAGAAUGGAAUUUUGGGGGAUUUCGAGUAUGGCUUAAGUAUGUUCCUGGUAUCAGCUUCAGAACGGAUCAUGAGCCCUUCAAGGGUUUUUUCUCUUUUUCUCCUUUUCAAUUUAUAUUGCUUCAGACUACUCCUUGAGACUCUUUGGUUUAGACGAACAAUUAAAAGAAAGUAAAAGUCGGGCUUCUUCUCAUGUUGAAUUUAUAUUUUUAUAAAGCAUGGAUCUGUCCAUGUUUAUUUGCCUUUUCCAAUUUUCAUGAAGAUGGCAGUGCAAGGAUUUACUCAGAAAAUUAUCCAAUGAUGAAGAAUGAAAAUAUGUUUGCCUCACAAGGUGGCCUCAUCAUCCUCUCUCAGAUUGAGAAUGAGUAUGGGCCCGAGAGUAAUGCACUUGGCGCUGCUGGUCAUGCAUACAUUAAUUGAGCUGCAAAAUGGCUGUAGUACUAGAUACUGGAGUCCCGUUGGUGAUGUGCAAGGAAAAUGAUGCCCAGGACCCCGUGGACGAAAUAUUGAAAAAUUAGAGCAGCAAGCAGCAGAGGUGGAGAAAGAUCUGAUUGUCAAGGAAAGGGAAACACUUGAUGUUUUAAAAGGGCUUGAAUCAACCCAAAAGCGUGGUAGAAGAACUAAAACUAAAGCUGCAUACUGGAACAUCUGAAGUCAAUUCAACUCAUGAGAUAAAGAUACAAGACAAGA